AUGAGCCGGGAGCUGCUGCUGCUGCUGUCCCUGGUGGGGGCGGCUGCCCAGGAUCCCCGGUACACGAUAACCCAGCCCGAGUCCCUGUCGGCGCCGGCCGGGGGCUCCGUCACCCUGCCCUGCGCCUUCACCUACCCCGACGAGAUCGAGCCGCUGCGGGACCUCCGGGUUUACUGGAGACGAGGCGGGUACUAUGGCCAGUUUAUCUACAAUCACACCGAGCGAUUCACCCGCUGGGAUUACAGGGGCCGCAUCGUCCUGGUCGGGGACCCACGGGGGAGCCGAACGGCCUCGAUCCUCAUCGACCGGCUGCAGGAGUUGGACGCCAGCGAGUACGUCUGCCAAGUCAGGGUGCAGAAGAAGGACGGCCAAUGGGAGCAAUGGCGCGGCCACCCUGGGACCCAACUCACGGUGACAGGGCGGGAAGCUCCCAGCCCCACCAACAGCACAUGGUGGCACCCAGAAAUGGUCACAACUGGUGUGGGAGGUGCAAGGAGAACCUACCCCCGACGCAUCAACAUUGUUCACCUUGUCCUCAUCGGCCUCGUCCUGCUGCUUUCCAAGGCCGGCGUCUCUGUCGUGGUCUUUGCCCUGGGCCGGCGGCUGGGCUGAGGUCACAGCCCAGAAAGCGUCACCGGGAGGGUGUCUGGGAGCGACGCACCGUCGGCAUCAGGACUCAAACUCACCUCCCUGGUGCAGAGCUCUCGGCCAGGCAUCUCUGGGGAAUGACACCGUCCAGCAGCAGUAGAAUGGCUGUUAUCCUCCAGCAAAACACUCGCUAGCCAGAGCAGAGAGGGAUGGAUAGUGUGCAUGGAGGGGAGGGGGGAGUGUGGGGAUAGCUAGAUAGAGGGGGGGAUGACGUUG